GAGUUGUGGGUAGAGAUCGGGGUGGAGGAGAAUGAGGGUGGAGGUGACAAGAUGUCGAGAAGGAGGAGGGAUCCAGUGGAGGUCACAUAAAUGCAGAGGGCAGCAGGUCAUCCACAUUCACUCUGGUUGUAGAAAGUCAGGAGUAAACCACAAAAUGAAUGUCAUUUUUCUCCUGCUCCUGGGAGCUGCAGCUGCAGCCGCCCUGGACGACAAGAUAGUGGGAGGCUACCAGUGUGAAGCCCAUUCUCAGCCCUGGCAGGCGUCCCUCAAUAUCGGCUAUCACUUCUGCGGAGGCUCUCUCAUUAACGACCAGUGGAUCAUCUCUGCUGCCCAUUGCUGGCAAAACCCUUAUUCACAGAUUGCCAUUUUGGGUGAGAAUCACAUCUGGAUGCAUGAAGGUACUGAGCAGUUCAUGGCUGUUGAUGCCAUCUACUGGCACGAGAGUUACGAUUACCAGACCUUCGACUAUGACAUCAUGCUGAUGAAACUGGCACAUCCAGUGGCAAUCAAUGAGUAUGUGAAGCCUGUUGCUCUGCCCAAAGCCUGUCCCUCACCCGGAGACAUGUGCAUGGUGUCUGGAUGGGGGAACAUCUACACUGAUCAAGUGUUCAACCCAUUUUACCUCCAGUGUGUGGAAGUGCCCAUAUUGUCCAACAAGGAAUGUGAGAACUCCUACCCUGGCAUGAUCACUGAGCGUAUGGUGUGUGCAGGAUAUCUGGAGGGAGGCAAGGAUGCUUGUCAGGGUGACUCCGGCGGUCCUCUGGUGUGUAAUGGAGAGCUGCAGGGAAUAGUGUCUUGGGGUCAGGGCUGCGCUCAGCCCAACUACCCGGGUGUUUACACCAAAGUUUGUGCUCUCAUGCCCUGGAUCAACGAGAUUCUUUCCAGAUACAGCUAAGGCUGUGAUCUCAUUUUACGAAACAACAUGAAAAAGAGGAAAUGAGGGGAGAUAAACGGAGGCAGAAAUAAUCAGGAGGAUGUUGAAGGUGGUUCAGAAAAAAAAAAUAAAAAAGAUCAGCAGAGCAGAAAAGCUGCUAUUGGUAGAAGGAAUCAUCUAAAACCAGUGAGAUUCAACAUACAUACAUCAGAAUAAUCAGACAAUGGCUGAAUUGAGCUAACUGUAAACAAAAUAUGCAUAUCUCAAUGGUGGUCUUUUGUUUAACAAUAGCUCUGCUUUUCUUCAUUAAUCUGAUGAAUUUUAAUCUGUUUUGACAAUAUCAAAGAGAAACACAGUUUUAUCUCUACCAACAAGAAGUUAAUUAUUUCCUUUAAAAAAUACCUGUGUGCACAGAUCUGUAUGCAUGCAUGUGAUUUGUUUUUAAAUCCAUAUUUGGUAUCAGGAGAUCACUUUGAAUUUAUUUUUUGCUAAUUUUGGGACAUUUUACUGAACAAGACCCACACUAUUCUGCUGCUGCACCAUCCAUAAAGAGAGGAAAAAAAAUCCAUCUGUCAUUUUUUUUCCACCCUUUUUGCCAUAAGUGGAGUCUAAAAGCCUUCUACUUUGAAGCUUUCCUCAACCAAACAAAUAAAGAUAAGUGCUGCUUUCUGCGCUCCA